ACUUUGGCAGCUCGUGCAUGGGUGGAGGGGGCGCUGCUCACGAUAACACCAGUGUGCUUGUACAGAUAAUACUAUGGCAUGACACAGUCAUGGCUGCUCCCAAGCAAGAUCAAUGAUAGCGAAUAGUGAAAUAUCAAAAUACAUAUUUAUGUACGGGUCACACGGAGGCCUAAAAAAUUGUUUCCUGCUUUUUUCUAUUUGCUAAAACAUUCUUUCCAUUAACCUUUUAACAAUUAAGGUUCAUUUUGACUGGAACGACAUAGAGAUAUGAUAUAAAAUGCAUUAAUUUCACAUUAAAAAUGGAUGAAUGCAAAAAUAGACGUCACUGAAAAAAAAUGUUGAGUUUUGAUUCCGGAUGCUGAAACCAAAGCCUUUUCAAAUUUAGGCUGAUAACAAUAUGAUGAAUGUCAGAAUUAUUGAUAAAUUAAGAAAAAGAUCAAGAAAUAAGAGAGGCUUGAAACAGUUUGACUAUUUGCCAAUUUCAAAUGGACAUGAAAGGCCCCUUCAAACUUUGUCAUUUUUGCGAAUUAAAUCAAGAAACAUCUAAGAAAUGUGACAACUUUUUGAGUGGGGAUAUCGAUUUUUAGAGACCCCCACUCAGACCCUUAUCAAGGGCGGGGGUCUCUCUAAAACACAUAAAAACUCCGGGGCAGCGUUUUGAAAGUAUUCAGUUCUUCUCCAAAGCCUGAACACAGUAAACAAGAGACAACAUGGUUGAGUGGACUGAGCAAGAGCGCAGCAUCAUCAGCGGAAUCUUCGGCAACCUGGACUAUGACGACAUCGGUCCCAAGGCUUUGUGCAGGUAAAGGGCACGUUGCCGGAAGACAUAGAAUUAACUGUUAAUAAUAGGCCUAUGUAUUAACAAGGAGUUUUAUUUUCCUCCCCCUGCAGGUGCCUGAUCGUCUACCCAUGGACUCAGAGGUAUUUCGGCGCCUUCGGCAACCUUUACAAUGCUGAAGCUAUCAAAAGCAACCCGAACAUCGCAGCCCAUGGCAUCAAGGUGCUGCACGGUCUGGACCGGGCUCUGAAGAACAUGGACGACAUCAAGGCCACCUAUGCGGAGCUGAGCACGCUGCACUCCGAGAAGCUGCACGUGGACCCCGACAACUUCAAAGUACACUUUUUACUUUUCUUUCAGCGCACCCAGAAGAAAUAACGUGCACACACCUCCGCACACGAAGUCCCAAAAUAUACACAAACAUCACAUCAAUUUAUGUAAUAAGUACGUUUGUAUAUUGGCCUGCAGCAGGACGUAUUAUGCAGACUUCCAUGUCACUAUAUUGACUCAAAGAAACGUAAAAAGGACAUUGAAAUACGACACAUGGUAGAAAAUAAUAUUAUUCUCUGUUUUUUCCUCUCUAGCUGCUGUCUGACUGCCUGAGCAUUGUCGUUGCUGCCAAAAUGGGAUCUGCCUUCACCCCUGAGAUUCAGGCCACCUUCCAGAAGUUUCUGGCCGUUGUGGUGGCUGCUCUGGGAAGGCAGUACCACUAAGCCUGCUACAUCAUGACAGCAAAAGGAGGCCGGGGGCUUUUUUCUUUCUCUCCUCAACAAAAAAUAAAGGAACGCUGAAGCAAAGUUUCUUCUUGUCCGCGAUUUUCUUUCUGUCUGUCUCUCUUUUUGGCAAAUACGUGCGUAAUUACGCACCGCACGUUGUUACACUGGGGGUUAGUCUUAAUUUGGGAAGACGCAAGCAUAAUAAAUAAAUAAAGUUUAAAAGAAAAA